CACUCCGCGAGCCGCAUAUUUGCUAUCCCGCGAACGAAGGACUGGAAAAACAAUUAAUAGAACGCAAAUUACCUGGUUAACGUAAUAGCACUGUCUUCUUUCGUACUUGCAGAAUGUGUCAAGAUGACAUCUAUCUCCUCUUUAUGUGGCAUCAUCGUUAUCCUGCUUUACAGUCCGAUCGCAUAUACAUGCGAGAACGACAAGAUUCCUGAGAUGAAUAUGUCCUUUACUCGACACCCUCAACCCCUAGCAGUUCCAUUGUAUGAUGACGUGAACUUUGAAUGUAGUCUCAACAUCCCUGCGGAGCGUUUCGCUUGGCAUCACAGGCCUCUGGGUUCGAACAAAUGGACACUAUCAUCUGAUACUUACAGCAAUACUGGUGGCAAAACGUCUCGGCUCAUUGUCUCCUUUGACAACGUAUCGAAGGCCGGAGAUUACCGUUGCAUUGCUUUCUUCGGUAGCAGUGGAUUAGUGUCGGAUCCAGCGAGACUAACGCUUGCGACAAUACAAGAGUUUUUCGAUAAAAACGAUGUUUACAUCGAGGUGGCGGAAGGUAACACCGUGCCCAUCACAUGUCCCGUACCAUAUUCCGAACCAGAAGCUAUAGUGCAGUUUUAUAAGAACGACAUGCUCAUCAAGGAUGCGAAUGUAGCGAAUGGCAAAACCAUGGUCAUCAAAGAUGUCAAAUUGGCGGACAGUGGAUCAUACUAUUGUAGCGUUAACAAUUAUUUAACGAUGGUAACAUUCACAAGCAAUCAUAAGACCAUUUUGACGGUACACGCGAACUUAACUUUUCGAACGCCGUAUUUCAUCAAGCAUCCGCAACCUGAAUACACAGUUACGCGUGGCAAGAACAUUACGUUGGAGUGUUUCGGCGCUGGUUACCCUGUGCCACAAGUCACCUGGAGUCGUCUAGGCAGCUCUUUAUCAUCAAAGACUGUGGAAUCAUCCAUCGGUUUGACAUUGGUCCAUGUGCAACCGUCUGAUCGCGGGGAAUAUGAUUGUUUGUGGACCUACGAUAUUCACAAUUUCGUAAAAUCAGUAAUUAUUUUAAAAGUGAUGGAACCACCGAGGGUCACGAGACAGCCGAGCGCGUGCAAAUUCCACGAAGGUGGAAAAUUGCAGCUCUCGUGUAACGUAACAGGCGAACCGCAACCAAUCGUCGAAUGGCUUAUCAAUGGAGAGUCCUUGAUGCCUAGUAAGACACAGGAGAUGAUAGGCUCCACUCUUCUUAUAUCCGACGUUGAGAAGAAGCACGCCGGGAUUGUUCAGUGCGUCGCCAGCAACGACUACGGGUCGCAUUCAGGAUACAACCUAUUGCAGGUUCAACCGAAAGAGCAUAUUGUCGGCGGCAAAGCCGAAUUGAAGCCAAACUACGGAACUAUGUCAAGGCAUAAGCAUACCAGGGGCGGUGGUAGACGUAAUAAAAAUAAAGAAGCAAAAAAGAAGGGAGACGGAGCAGAAAUCGAGUUGAAUCCUCCCGAUGUGCCCAUCAUCACAAGAUUAUCUGAUAUCUCCGUUAUGGUGCGAUGGACAGUACCGAAGAACACGGGCCUGCCAAUACAGUUUUUCAAAGUUCAAUACCGAGAGAUAGGCUCGAAGAUGAGUGGCAAACAGGCAAACAAAUGGAUGACUGCCAACUCUGAGAUACCGAAUCAUGUGCGGUCCUUCGAAGUGGCCGACUUGCAAACCGAGCAUACUUAUCGAUUUAGAAUCGCUGCGGUGUACUCGAAUAACGAUAACAAGUUGAGUAAGAAUUCUGUACGUUUCCAUCUCCAUAAGGAUACCGGUAUUGAAAGCACUAAAAUGCCAAUACCUUUAUUGACUCGCGUUGAAGCGUUAGGGCCACAUGAGAUGUUGUUGCUUUGGCAAAAUCCCAACAGAUCAGCAAAAAUCGACGGGUUUUACAUAUACCAUCGAACGUCUACCUCAGCCGGUGAAUAUUUGAAAACCACUGUCGAGGGAAAGGAAGCUUCCAACGUGACCAUUGCCCACUUACAACCCGAUACUCCAUAUGAAUUCAAAAUUCAAAGUUUCUCUGUAGACGCAGCAUCAGAAUUUUCUCAAAUAUUGCGACAUAAAACUCUAAAGCUCAUUGUUCAGCAUCCAGUUCAGCAAGUCGUGGCGGAAAAUAAAUUGAGACCGAGCGAGAAUAACAAGAAUGUUAGUAUACAUGCCAUAAUCGGUGGAGUAUUUGGAGCAUCGGUCAUUCUGGUCGCUCUUGCCUUCGCAGCGAGAUUCCUGUACAAAAGAGCCAAGUAUAAGCAAAGUCAGGAAUCGCAAAGUGAAGGUAAACCAAUAACAAAUGGACGAGUAAUUAACGGUGGGGUCACAGACUCUAAGAUUAAUAUUACAUCCAAUCCGCUAGCCGGUCUCGACACGUCCGAAGAUAUAAUGCAGCCUAAGAGCGGACAACAAUCGUCGAUGGAAAUGACAUCGUUUCUAAACGGCCAAAACAACAAUGGCAGCAACAACGGCCAUAACAACGGCGACGCAGCUGGGUCUGACGUGAACGUCACGUCACAUAGCGAGCCGUCGUCUCUGCGCCAAGGGCCGCUACCUAUCGAACAACGUUUGUGAGAAUGAUUGCAGCUAUAUCUCUGUUUUAUAGACGGUAAGAACGCGACCCGACCCGACCCGCAUCCUCGAAGACGGACGUUUACACCGUUGAUCGAACUUACGAACAUAUUAAUUUUAUUUUGCGGGGGAAACGUAAGGGCUUGUCGAUACGUUAUCUCAUUGAAAAAUGUAACUUAUAGACUGUAUUAACGUUCAGCUAUUAUCGCAACGAUGAGACUGUUGCAAGACAUUUACAGGGUGUCUUAAGUAGAUAUGCUCAAAUAUAUCCGCGCUACUGUAGAUUGGGAUUCAUUUCACGCAAUUUGCACACGGAAAAAAAUCUGCAACGUCGCAGAUUUCUUGGCAAGUAUUA